AUGGAGCGGCCCCAGGAACCUGUUUGCCGCGACUGCUGCUCGGUUGGGGAGGUCCCAGGGGAUCCCUCUCCGGGAGCAGGAGACAUUCUGAGCACCUCCAGAUGCGCAGCCCCCGCCCCAGAUGCGCUGACGCAGCGUGGGGCCACGUGGCGGGACACCGGUUCACUUGCGGGGAGCCCCCGGAGCGUGGGCCCCCCGUCUGCGGAGUGGGGUUACUCAUCCCUGCCCGAGGCUCUCCUGGGAAGCGCGCUCUGGGGAGGCAGCGAGGUUGCGCCCAGCUCAGCGCCGAGAGAAAAACAAACCUGCUUCCAGCAAGUUCUCGCUCUGCGCUCGCUCCCCGCGCCCCUCCCUCCAGCAGGUGGGGGCGUUUUCCUGGCGCGACUCCGCUCCGCAGUGGGGAAUCAGGUGCGCCGGGCGGGGAGUGGGAAUGGCGACCCCGGCUUACCUCGGCUCCUCGCUCCUGCGGCUGGAGUGCAGAGGGCUCUUUGUGCCCGGCUCUCAACAGAACUGGGGGAGCCCCUGCAAGCGCCUCCCCUCGUAAACUCCUCCCCGCACUGGUCCGCAGCCUCCCUCCCUACGGCCCCCCAGCGCAGCCGGCGUCGUCUUCGCAUUUACUGCAGCGCCCAUGAAAUUUUAAUGCAGGAGCGGCUGGCGGGCAGAGAGAGGUGCCGCACCCGGCCUCGGGGAUGGGGGUGGGGGCGCCCCCGACAAACACCCAGCUUGCGGUCCGGGGCUCGGGGCAGCGAGACGUGGGGUGUGCAUCUCUUCCCCCCCCCCGCUCCCACCUCCCCACCUCCGCUUCACAAAGGGGCUACUGCGAGACUCAGCCUCAGCAUCCCUGCCUGCAGCGCUGCCAUAGCAACGCUGGCCAGUGGAGAGGCGCACGACGGUCGGAGGCGCAGCCACGGACCUGGUGCUGAAGCAAGAGAAGCCCAGCCUUGGAUCCCAGAAGGGGACCUGAGCCCCACGGGGCUGGGGCGUGGCUCCCGGGGAACUACCAAGCAGACCCAUGGAUCGGGUGAACAUUUCUCAGGUGAAAGGGUCAUGAAUGGGAGAAGCUUGAGAACCCCUGAGGUGGACGGCAGUUCUGCUGGUGGAAACAUCCAGAUCCAAGCUGCCUGCGCUGGCUCUGCCUCGGUGACCUGCUCGACACAUCACAUGGGUACCAUCGUGUCACACGUGGAAGCAGGAGAGACAUCAGAGACUUAGUUUGCUCUCUCUCUCUCUCUCUCUCUCUCUCUCUCUCUCACACACACACACACACACACGUUCUCAAACAUAACUCAAUUUUCUCCCUAUCGUUAUCCCACGGCUGGCUUAGGUCUCUCCCUCCCCAGCUCGGGAGACCCUACAUCCCCAUCCCCAGGCAGUUAUUGUAAAGGGCUUUAGAUACAAAUGCACUCCUGCACAGUCGCACAAGCGCUGAGCCUUGUUCACGUGUGUGUGUGUGUGUGUGUGUGUGUGUGUGUCCAUGUCUUCCCUGCACCAUGCUCGUGGUCACUCAUCAGGCCUCAUCAGUAGGAUUUGAGCUCACAGAGUAAAGUCCAGGGCAUCCAGGACUCACCCCACAGCAGGGCUCAGGGGCCAGGACACUGCUCCCAAGGACAGCUCUGGAGCCUCCUGCCCCCAGACUCCUUGUUGGGUCAUCUCUGCCC